AUGGAGGUUUUAGCUCCACCGACAGGCAAUCGCACGGCCGAGUUCAAUGAGCUGCUGAGCAAGCACAACGCUCCACCGGCAACAGCUAGAGCCGACAUUGACAAGGCAGACAGCUUUCUCAAAGAAGCAUACAGAAUUAACUCACACAUCACCACACUGCACAAGGAGCUACGAGAUGUACGACAAGCCUACCUAUCGACCGCCCAGCCCCGACGAACACAGCCGCGCGCCGGCCAGCCGCGGGGCACGCUGACGGACCGCGAGCGCGAGGAGGUCGACGCCAACGCGAAGCAGAUGAUCCGGGAGCUCAACGCGAGCAUCCGGGCGGUGGACGACGCGGAGCAGCUGCGGCGGGAGACGGCCGCGGCGGUCGCGCGCAAGGCCUACGGCGGUGCUCUCGGUACGCUUGGGUCAUGGGCGUCCGGCAGCGCGGCGGGCGCGGAGCGCGCGGCGGUCGAGGGGCGCGCGCGGCAGACGGAGGCGCACCGCGACGCCGUGCUGUGGUUCCUGCGGCAGCGCCUGGAGGGCUGCUGCCGCACGCAGCAGGGCAUGAUGGAGACGCGGCUGACGCGGGAACUGGAGCGGUCGCGCGGGUUCCUGGCGGCGCCCCCGCCGGCGGCGGACUUUGCAGACUUUGCUCGGGCGACGACGGGCAGCGGGGGGGCGGCGGCGGCGGCUAGCGAGGGCCUGACGGAGGACCAGGUGCAGAUGUUCGAGGAGGGCAACCGGGACAUGAUGAAGCACUACGAGAGCACGCUCGCCAAAGUACAGACGGCGGAGAGGUCGCUGGUGGAAAUCUCGGAGCUGCAGUCGCUGCUGGUCAACAACCUGGCGAUCCAGUCGGCGCACAUCGAGCAGCUGGUGGCGGACUCGCUGUCGACGGCGGAGAACGUGGGUGGCGGCAACAAGGAGCUCAAGAAGGCGGCGCAGCGACCGAGCACGGCGCGGUACACAUUUUUCGCGGCGAGCGGACUGUGCGCGUUCCUGGUGCUGUGGGAUCUCAUAAUAUGA